AUGUCACAUCCAGCAGCUAGUGUUAAAUCUAUAUUUAGUGGGAAGAUGAAUAUAGAUACGCCCGAUGAAUUAGAUCCGUAUGAAUAUUCCAAUAAUAACAGCUACGACAAUUUUUCACAGAAUGAUAUUGAAAACGAUGAUAUUUCGUCAAAGCUUAGUCAAGAAUCGAAUUAUAGUGUCAAUUCCAAGAAUUUGAAAGCCUUGGCCAGCAUGCAGCCUAAUGGGAAGACAAAUGAAAAUCAGUUUUAUAACCAAAAUUCGUUCACUAAUGUUUCAAUAGUUUCGUCGGGGAGCGAUUACCAACAGAACUAUGUGAGCUCGAGUGUCAACUCACCCAAUGUGGCAUUAAGUGCUGAAUCAAUGGAGGAAAUGAACCAUAAUUUGGGUCCCUUUGAAUCAUACUCUAGGCCAUUGUCUCGCAAUUCUACUACAUCGUGUCUUUCAACUACGGCCACUAAGGACGGGAUUGAAGGUAAGAAAUUGCAUAGACAUGGUCCCACGCAGUAUUCGAGCAAUAUAAUUGCCAAUAUGAUCCAAAAUUCGAAUCUGUAUCCACCACCACCUCCUCCACCUUCACAACAUAUGAAUAAACAUAGCUACACGAAUUCAGGAAUGGCAAGUCCACCUAUUAGGCCAUAUGGACAAAAAUCUUCUAUGACCAAUUCGCCAAUGGCUGAACAAGAUAGAGAUGGUGUUUCUAUCACGCAAUCCUCAAUUAAGAGCACCAACGCAGAAGUUGAUGGUGAAACGGAAGAUAAAAAGAACAUUAAUAUUGAGAGGUACCCAAACUCUAUUCCUCCUGUAACUUUAAACGAAAAAAUCAAUUUGUUGAACACUGAUCCAAUAAACCACGAACAAUAA